AUGGGCUCGGAGUGGCAGCAGCCACGAGAAAUCAACCCUGUGUUCUGCGAGCGUAUUUCGAAGGUCUUCAUUCAUGUCGGGAACUUUUGCUUGGCAGCAGCUUCGCUUGAGGAUGUACAGGAAAUCGUGGAUGAUUCGAUGAGUGAUGUUCUUAAGAUUGAAGAUCGUGUGGCGCUUACAGAGUCAGUGCAUAAGUGGUGCGCGCUCCAUCAGGGAACUGUCGAGAGAACUGUUCGCGAGAUCGGGCAGAGGGUCCGGCGAGGCCCUUAUUUGCGUCGUGGACCCAGUGCAACAGCUGCUGAAUUGUAUGAGGGGUAUUUGGCUUCGGAUCCUGUGCUGGGUUUGGCUGCUCUUGAGAAGAAGCUGAAGCUUCGUAAAGCUGGGACAGGGGCGCGUGUUGAAGCAGAGGCGGUGGCUGAGCCACCGAGGGACCAGCCAGCGCCUCCCCCGGAGGAGGAAGAGGCGCCUUACUUUGUGGUUGUGAGUCGCAGCGGGCAUAGGCCCCGGCUACAGGAGCAGGGGGCGAUCAGCAGUGAGUCCGCAUCCUCAGAUGCACCAGAGCCGUGA